UAUCACUGGUCGUUCAUCGUUCAGUCUCGUGGGUUCAGUCAUAGUCAGUUAAUUCAAAAUGGCAGAGGGAAAAUCACGUCGCGUCGCGCAAAGUGACGAUUUAUCCAACGUUGAGUUUGAAACCAGUGAAGAUGUUGAAGUUAUUCCGACUUUUGAUAAUAUGGGACUCAGGGAUGAGCUUCUUCGAGGAAUCUAUGCUUACGGUUUUGAAAAGCCUUCGGCCAUUCAACAACGUUCUAUCAAGCCCAUAAUGAAAGGAAGGGACGUGAUCGCCCAGGCACAGUCAGGAACAGGAAAAACUGCAACUUUCUCCAUUUCCAUUCUCCAAUCUUUGGAUACACAAGUCCGAGAGACUCAGGUUCUCGUGCUGUCGCCGACGAGAGAAUUGGCAGUGCAAAUUCAGAAGGUCAUUCUUGCUCUUGGAGACUUCAUGAACGUACAGUGUCAUGCUUGCAUUGGGGGGACUAAUUUGGGAGAGGAUAUCAGGAAACUCGACUAUGGGCAACAUGUCGUCUCUGGGACACCUGGGAGAGUAUUCGAUAUGAUCAAGAGGCGAGUUCUCCGUACAAGAGCAAUUAAAAUGCUUGUUCUCGACGAGUCAGACGAGAUGUUGAACAAGGGAUUCAAGGAACAGAUCUACGAUGUUUAUCGUUAUCUACCACCAGCGACCCAAGUGGUCCUGGUAUCUGCCACACUUCCCCACGAAAUUCUUGAGAUGACAAGCAAAUUCAUGACUGAUCCCAUUAGAAUUCUCGUCAAGCGCGAUGAGUUGACACUGGAGGGUAUCAAACAGUUCUUCGUGGCUGUUGAACGAGAGGAGUGGAAAUUCGAUACGCUCUGUGAUCUCUACGAUACACUAACGAUCACACAAGCAGUUAUAUUCUGCAACACAAAACGCAAGGUCGAUUGGCUAACGGAGAAGAUGAGGGAAGCCAAUUUCACCGUUUGCUCGAUGCAUGGUGAUAUGCCACAGAAAGAGAGAGACAAUAUUAUGAAGGAGUUCAGAUCGGGACAAAGUCGAGUUUUGAUUACAACAGACGUAUGGGCGCGCGGUAUAGACGUCCAACAGGUCUCCUUGGUGAUAAACUACGAUCUCCCCAACAACAGAGAGUUGUACAUCCACAGAAUAGGAAGAUCAGGUCGUUUCGGGCGCAAAGGUGUUUCUAUAAACUUCGUUAAGACAGACGACAUCAGAAUUCUCCGGGACAUCGAACAGUAUUACUCGACACAGAUCGACGAGAUGCCCAUGAAUGUCGCUGAUUUGAUUUAAGUAAAAUAAAUAAUCCAAGUACUUGAAGUUAGAAAGAGAAUGUAUUUAUCAGCCGAUUGAUUUUCCUUUGAUUUUUCUAUGGAAACCAUUGAUAAACUAUCGUUUCAAAUAUUUAUGACGUUAGCUUGCUAUUCUAGAAUAAUUACUUACAGCUCGAAGCGCUCGUCAUUCGAUCGAUCAGAAUAAUCCUUGAUUAUAUUUUCACAAGCAUUUUGUUCACUUCGAAAUAACUUCAGGAUGAAGUUUAGCGCAUCCUUAUUCCAGAGAUAUUUAUGAAAUAACUCUUGUACCACUUGUGAAUACUAAAUACAUUGACUUUAAUAAACAGUA